CGGAAAUUUUGACAUUUAUAUUUGAAAUAAAACCCUGUUUCUACGCAGAGGCUUGCGUGAAUUUAUAAUUUAUGAGACUGUAAAAUAAUCAAGCAAGAAAUAUGGUUUGAAACAUUUCAACUGUUAGAACUAUUGGUAACUAACUAAAAAUAGUGCAUGUAUGUGAAAAUAUAGUGCAAACAUGGCUACAUUAGUGGCUCAAAGGGACCUUGUUGUGGCUUUCAAAAAGGAAACAAUUUUGAAUGUUGGGAUACUGAGCAAGCUGCAGCCGAUGCCAUCGGACCUUUACAGACAAUUAUUUAACGAAAAUGCUUUAGAAAAGCCUACGCAGAACCUAUUUAAUCACCUUUCUUACUAUUUAGUAUCAAUAAUCGAUAAUCAAGUAUCGAACUCACUACCAUGGCCUUUAUACGAUACGAAAACAGAGAGGACCUACAGGAACGAGCUGUCCGUGUUCAUCAGCGACUACAGCAGCAAGGGUUUGCUGUCACCUGUAAUGUCUUCCUACCUGGUGAACCCUGGAUGCUAUAAAGUUACGAUGCUUAUUUUCCAACUAUCGUAUCUUGCUACGCAGAAGGUAUUAGUGACCAAAAUGAAGAAGGACACUCAAAAGAGGCUGUAUAAUGACAUGACGGAAAAAUACAAGUCACAAGACAAGGAUUUUAUUGAUCAAAUAGAAAAAGAAACGGUUAUCAUGACAAGUAAGUUCUCUCACUACUUAUGUAAGCGAGAAGUCAUGGAGAAGAUUGCGGAGCUGUUCCGUAACAAGAUAACGGAAAUGGAGGAAAAGUUAAAAUCAUUAAAGGCACAGGAAUACAUUGACAGCUUGGUAGAUGGGUUUCUAAAAACACAUACCGUAGAUGAUAAUACAAAAGCAGAAAUUGAAAAUAUCAAGAAUGUAAACAAGUCCUCAGAAUUCUUUGAAGUAUGGUUAGAUGACACUGAUAAUAGAAUUACUGCAAUGGAAAUUGAAUGGGAUAACCGUGUAACACCUUUACUAAAACUAUGUCAGGAAACUCAAAAUAAUUCUGAAAUGCUAAUAGCAAGGCAGACUGGGGAAACCGAAAGGAGCAUGUUUACGCUAGAAUACAAUCCGAAAUCAGACAAUUUAUGUACGAAGGACUUGCAGGGCCAAGUUAACACGGAACAAAAAUAUAUCCUUAAGAAUGUAAUUAAAGAUGAUAAACUAAUUUUCCCAAAUCUUGUGAGGGCUUUUCUCAUAUCAAUAAGUUUCAUACUGAAGAAUACGGAGAUAGGUGACGAAAUAUACAAAUUCAAUGAAUAUUUAGAUGGUGGGAGGAGGAAUUUGACAGAAAUAGUUUCAUCAAUGAGGAUGCUGUUGAAUAGAGUUAUGAAUGCAGAAGCAAGAAUACAGCCAACUCAACCAUCAUUCAGCCAGUCAGUAUCUCUUAAGGAGUUUGUCGAUAUCCCACCAUUGCCAGAUCUAUCUGACCUCAAAAUGGGCAAAGACCUACAAUCGCAGAUCAUAUUUGACACAUUCACACCACUAAAUGUAUCUAAACACCAACUUAACUUACGUAGAAGAGCAAACGGUAGUUUUGCAAGACCGCAAACAAGAUCCAUGCUUAUUGCUCCAUUCUAUCAAGGACCGAGAGAUGACUUUGCCAAGAGCUUCAUAUCAUGCCGCAUCAGUUCCUAUGACCGUCCGAAUGCAACACAAAACUUUAAUUUAUCUGUAAUAUCUCAAGCUAAUUUACGAAACGAGACCAUAGCAGAAUGCUCGUCAGGUUUCACGAAACAGCAGAUUUUAAGGUUGCUGUCAACAAAGAAGUCCAGUAGUUCCAAAAAGUUUAAAUAUAAGACUGAAAGGCCAGACAUAUCUAUCAAGAAAGGAGGUUUGUUUAAUGAGUCUCAAGCUUCAACUGACAGCAACAAUCUGUUCAGGAGUCAUUCCUCACCAAAUCUAUUUGAACAUAGAGAAAAGAAAUCAAAGAUACCUAUUCCAAGAAAACUGUCAGUGAUGCAAGAAGACUGUCCUCUUCUAGAAGUUUCUGGAAUCUCAGCACUGGAUAGGGACAAUAGUUAUGGAACACCAGAGGGUGUUCUCCCGUUACAAAGCAGCAGAAAACUAUUUGAUGCAAGCAGUCUACCUCUCAUAUCGAUAACGCCGGAACCAGAAAAGUGUUCAGAAAAAGAAGUGUUAAACAAUGAUUCAAAUAAAGUCUUUGCAGACAUAAACUUGCCGAAACUGCAAGAAAAUAUCAUUGAAAACGAAGAACGUAAGACUGAAACUCCAAAAACGAAUACUAAUUUAAUUCGAAAAACUAGUUCCUUAGAGAAAAUUAUAAAUAAGUUUAAGAAAGUCAGAGCAAGAGUGUUGACAACUGACGAAACAGAAUUUAAAACUAUUGAAGAACAGAAAGAAAAUUUCGACAUGUUAAACGUCGAAGUGUUUUCUGCAAACAGGAUCUUAUUGCCGGACUUAUUAAGUCCAAAUUGCAGUGUGCUGCCUAAGAAGAGUAUGGACCAUUUCGAUGAUUUAGAUGAUGUACCUUGCAGGAAACCGCGGGAAAGUCUUGGGACUGCUUUAGGAGUGGACCAUACGUUUUUGGACCAGUUUGAUUUGUUGGACUGAAGUCUAAAGUGUUAUAUUUUGAGUUGUUAAGUUUCAUGCUGACUCUGUUGCCAAGCUUUCAAGCUGAAAGAACAGACAGCAGCAGACUAAGAACAGGCUUACUGUCAGUCGAUCUAUGAAUGUAAAUCGUAAUUAUACGAUACGUAACUCGUUGGUAUAUACUACCUUUGCUAAAGACAUUGUCCAUUAUGUGGUAGAAACGUGUAUAUGUAAAAUUUACAUCGUAACGCCCGUUCAGAUGUCGGCUGACUAUCAUUGGUAUGAACUUAGCCCAAUAUGUUAUGUUCGGGUCCAAAACUAGGGCAAUCCCGAAGAAUACGCGUGAGUUUUACUUGCAUCAUUAAACUACAUAUUAUAUGGAGAUAAAAGUAUGAGAAUCGAUGAAAACCUCAGAUUAUUGAGCGUUAAGUAUUGAGUUUGUUGAUUUAGUAUUAUUUAGGUGUUGAUGUUAGAGGUUUAGUGUUGAACACCUGAAAUUAUCUGUCUAAUAAACCACUGUUAAUUUAAAUGGUAGAUGAAAAUGUCCUAUGCAACCAUCGACGUCGACCACAUUAACAAUAUUCUAGUUCUAGUAAAAUGUAGAUAAGAUAUUUAUGAUACUCAAAAAUAAACUCUAAAGUUUGAGUACAAAGUACAUAAUUAAUUAAAAAAUCUUCCAAACUCUCGAUGCCACAAUAUCCAAACAAAUAUGCUCUUUAAAACACUACCUUAAAGUUCAUUUUUGAGGAGUACAUACAUUUAUCUCUCCCCUAUGCACUCAUGUCUUGCAAUUAUCCGACUUCUUUUCAACUCUAAGUAGGUUUAAAACUGUAUCUUCUGCUUAAUCUUCCAAUCCUAUAGGGAUAGAUUGUAAUGGAGUAUUUAUUUUUUAUAUAACCUUUAAAAUAAGGCACUUACACAAACCUAUAUUGUUCACAUUUAAAAUAAAACCAUUUAUAGCAGUGAUUUUGAUUAAUAACUUGACUAGAUACUAUUUCACUGUUAAUGUUAAAAACUCAUAAAUAAUUAUGUUUUAAUUAGUUAAUUAUGUCUCCUAGCUUAUAGAUCGUGUAACUAGUUUUCUAAUAAAAUAUUCAUGAAAUAUCAA